AUGGCUGUCUUCAACUCCACCUGGUGGAACAUUUCAUUUGACUUAGAGCUAAACGUAUCGUCUAUGGUAUUGCUAGACAUUAGAAACAACUUUACUAAAAAGACUACAGCAGAAAACUCUUCCAUUCCCGAAGGAGUUCAGGCUAUUAUGUAUAUUAUGUACGCAAUUAUUUCCCUUGCAGCAAUAGGAGGAAAUGGAAUAAUAUGCUAUAUCGUACUGGCCGACCAGAGCAUGCGCACUGUCACCAACUACUUCAUCGUCAAUCUAGCCGUGGGAGAUCUAUUGAUGGCCGUUUUAUGCAUUCCUUUUACUUUUGUGGUUAAUUUGAUUCUUCAUCGUUGGCCGUUUGGUACAGCACUGUGUAAAAUAGUGACCUAUGCCCAAGCUGUAUCUGUAUUCGUUAGCGCUUACACUAUGAUAGCCAUUAGUGUCGAUAGAUAUAUAGCAAUCAUAAAACCUCUGAGACCUCGGAUGACGAAAUUUCAAGCCAAACUAAUGAUCAUCUUGGUGUGGUUGGUUGCACUUAUUACUCCAUUGCCAACUGUUGUUGUUUCUAGUCUUGUAGCUGCAAGGAGUUCCGAUAGUUUCCAUUGCACCGAGGUUUGGAAUCCUCCAGAACAACGGUAUUAUUAUGGAAUGGCACUGAUGACACUGCAGUAUUUUCUCCCUCUGUUAGUACUUAUUUAUACUUACGCAAGAAUAGCCGUAGUAGUAUGGGUAAAGCAGACACCUGGAGAAGCAGAGGACAACCGAGAUCAGCGACUAGCAGCCUCGAAAAGAAAAAUGGUGAAGAUGAUGAUUAUGGUGGUAACAGUCUUCACGUUUUGUUGGCUGCCUUUUAAUAUCCUGAUCGUAGUGGGCGACCAAGACCAGUCAAUCUGGUGGUACAAGCACAUCCAGUACGUUUGGUUUGUUUGCCACUGGCUGGCUAUGAGUCACACCUCCUACAAUCCCAUCAUCUACUGUUGGAUGAACUUUAAGUUUCGUAAUGGAUUUCAUCAAGUAAUUUAUGGUCUUCCUUGCUUUCGAUGCAGUCGUCAUCACCAUUACCAAGGAAAAAGUCUUAGAAGGAAACAUACGCGCAGCAACCUGCGAAACAUCACCAAUGCAUCAAUGUCAGCUGGCACAGUAGCCACAUUGGAUCAUGGUCUAUCCAUAAGAAAGCCUAGAGCAAAGUUCACAUGUCGUGUUUCUAGAUUUGACGAUGAAGCAACUGAAGGUUGCAAUUUUGAGUAA